UGCUUAGGCUGUAUGCUUUGAAUGAUGCUUAACAACUCCAAUGACUCUCUUAAUGGCUCAAUGGACUAUAACUGGGGGCCAUGUAUUGUCAGUCUCCUUGUUAUAUAAAGCGCGAUUCUGAGCACAGGAAGGAAGCAUUCUGAAUCUAAUCUUCGUUAAUCUAAUCGGAAGCAGAGCUUUCGGAGACGAUGGGUAUCCGCUGCAGUCCAGUCCUGUUGAUCUUAGCAUCAGUACUUGUCGUCGGCGUGUAUGGGCAAGGAUCGACCACACUUGUUCCGGCCAUUAUCACCUUUGGUGAUUCGGCGGUUGAUGUGGGGAACAAUGACUAUUUAGCAACCAUCUUCAAGGCUGAUUACCCUCCUUACGGCAGAGAUUUCGUAAACCAUGAAGCCACUGGGAGGUUCUGUAAUGGAAAAUUAGCCACUGAUAUCACUGCUGAAACUCUGGGCUUCAGCACUUACCCUCCAGCGUAUCUUAGCCCCAAGGCAUCGGGGAAGAACCUUCUAAUUGGAGCUAAUUUUGCUUCUGCUGGAUCUGGUUACGAUGACAAAACAUCUCUCUUAAGUCACGCAAUCCCGUUGUCUCAACAGUUGGAGUAUUACAAGGAAUACCAGGGGAAGCUAGCGGAGGUGGCUGGGAAUAGCAAAGCCACAUCCAUACUCAAGGAUUCACUCUACAUAGUGAGCGCCGGUCCCAGUGACUUUCUUCAGAACUACUACGUCAAUCCUUACAUCAACAAACUAUAUACUCCCGAUCAGUAUUCAUCCUACCUUGCUGGCAUCUUCUCCGACUUCAUUGAGAGCUUGUAUGGAUUGGGAGCUAGAAGAAUUGGGGUGACUUCACUCCCUCCUUUGGGUUGCCUUCCAGCAACAAUCACUCUGUUCGGAUUUGGAGACAACGGGUGUAUCUCGAGGAUCAACACGGAUGCCCAGGGUUUCAAUAAGAAGAUCAAUGCAGCUGUGACCAAGCUUCAGAAGGAACACACUGACCUCAAGAUUGCCAUAUUCGACAUCUACAAGCCUCUCUAUGAUCUCAUUCAAUCUCCUUCUAAAUAUGGAUUCUUCGAGGCAAGGAGGGGCUGCUGUGGAACUGGAACCAUAGAGACAACGUCGUUUUUAUGCAAUCCCAAGUCACCGGGGACAUGCUCCAAUGCAACCCAGUACGUGUUCUGGGACAGCGUCCACCCAUCUCAGGCUGCAAAUCAGGUUCUCGCCGAUUCAUUGAUCUUACAGGGCAUCUCCCUUGUUGGAUAACUAUACUGGGUGUUUAGAGCAAGAGCUUGUAAUAAUCUAGCUCAAGUGUUGAUCGAUAUGUUUUCGUUAUAAUUAAUUAUAUAUCCUUUUCCUUUUGUUGUCUAGUAUUUUUACCAAAGGAAGAUUGAAAUGUUGUUUAUCUUUUAAUUUGUAAUAAAUCUGGAGAUUUGGGUUUUCUCUUUAGCCACCUGGCUAAAAUCUAGCUAGCUAGCUAACACUGAAUUGGACAACCUGGAAAUGUUUAAUCUAUCGUACGUGGUCUGUUAUAAUU